ACUAUAUAAUUGGAUGAAUCAAUUUCCUUCUUCCUUUCAAAUUUAAAUCACUCUGCUGUGGUUUUGCAGAGGGCGAGGUUUCUAUGUUUACCUUUACAUUGAGCUUGAGAAAGUAAUGUCAAUGGAAUCGACCGUUCCUUGUCCCUUCUGUAACAUUAAGGUUCUUCGCUCACAACUCGAGUGCACUCUUGAGUUUGUCGCAAACUUUGGCCGGUGCAGGCACGCCAACAGCCACUUCGAGGAUGAAGAAGACCAUCAAAUCGCUAAUGAUAGGCAGUUGGCUCUACAAUUUUCUUCCUCGUCAUCGUUGAAUAAUGGCGCUGAAGCCACUUCGCCUAAGAGUCAGACGGAUGGCGGUGAUGGAGGAGAAGAUUCUAUCCACGUCGAUGACAAAAUUUCCUGCCUUAUGGCUUUACAGAUGAGGAGCUCCUUUUAUGACGUGAAAGAGGGUCUCAUGCCCUUGUUGAAACGCUGUUUGGAAUUGGAAUUGGAAUCGCACAAAUCAGUCACCGUACUGUCGGGUGUCGUCAAUCAUUUCCAGAGCACUGUCUCGGAGGAUAUCGGGUGGGGUUGUGGAUGGCGUAACAUCCAGAUGCUUUGCUCUCACUUGCUUACUCAAAGAGCAGACGCCAGGCAAGUUUUGUUUGGGGGUUGUGGAUUCGUUCCCGACAUUCCCUCUCUUCAGCGAUGGCUUGAGAUUGCUUGGGAGAGGGGCUUUGAUGAGCUGGGCUCGAAUCAUUUCAAUAAAAAAAUUUAUGGUUCUACCAAUUGGAUUGGAACUACUGAAUGUGCUGCUCUUUUGCGUUCCUUUGGCAUUCGUGCCAGGAUUGUCGAUUUCGGUCCUAAGGAGCUUAAAUCGCUUUAUUUUUCUGUUCGUGGAGCAAAGAGGAAAGCAGUACAAGUUUAUGGCCCCAUGGACAGAUACUUGCAUCCAAGGAAGCAUCCCCAGGAACAGAAUUUUUCUGAUCCUUCCGUUUGUGAAUACACUGAUAAUCUGCUGAUUAAUGAUUUUACAAGCAACACUGACAGGCAACGGAUUCUCGCCCAUUGGGUGUGGAAUUACUUUACAGAUAAAAGCUUACUCAGUUCCGAAUCUGCCUUCCCUCGGGUUAUCGUCAGCGAUAUAGCACCUUUGUAUUUCCAACAUGACGGGCAUUCACGAACAAUUGUUGGAAUCCAAAAACACCAGAGGGAUGGAAAGCAUUAUUACACUCUCUUGAUUUUGGACCCAGCUCAUAAAACAGCUGCUCUGGAGAGAUCACUCAAUGAAAAUUCUGGAUGGCAGAAGUUUAUAAAAAGAGGGAUGCACACCCUGCAGAAGCUACAAUAUCAGUUGUGCUAUGUUGAUCGGGGAAUUGCUGGUGGAGUGGAGGUGGAGCAGCUUAAGACAAUUGAUAGCAUAUUUUGUGAACUCUAGACAAGUAUCUUGGACUUCUGUGCUUCCAGCAAAUUGCAAUGAUGUUCUAUUUAUCAUAUCAUAAAUGUCUUUUUUUUCUCUUAAAUGACAAUGAUAAAGCUUUGUAGAAAAUUCCAAAUAGGAAAAGGUUUUUGUUAUGA